UGUUGUUCUCAAUCCCACAACAGCAAACCACACAGAAAAACACAAACGGGUGUUAGGUAAGUGUUCCCCCAGUUCAAUAACUUUUUUAAAUUUUUUCUUGUGUGUGUCCUUUAAAAGCCAAAACCACAAAAAAUGAUGUCUAGUCAAGGAUGGCCAGAGCCAGUGAGUCGAGUCCAAGCCUUAGCUGAAAGUGGCAUAAGCUCAAUCCCUGAACGUUUCAUAAAGCCCACGUCCCAAAGACCCACCAAGACCACCUUCACUAAUAACCAUGCUUCUGAGGUUCAUGAUGAUGAGAACACCAUCAAUAUCCCAGUGAUUGAUUUGCAACAUGUCUAUGGCGACGACUCGAGGCUCUGCGAGGAGACGCUAAAGCGUGUUUCUGAGGCGUGCAGAGAAUGGGGCUUCUUCCAGGUGGUGAACCACGGGGUUAGCCACGAGUUGAUGAAGCACGCGAGGGAGGUGUGGCGCGAGUUCUUUCACCUUCCUCAUGAGGUGAAAGAGGACUAUGCUAAUUCUCCAACCACUUAUGAAGGGUAUGGAAGUCGCUUGGGUGUGAAAAAAGGUGCCAUCUUGGAUUGGAGUGACUACUUCUUUCUCCAUUACAUGCCUUCUUUGCUUAGGGACCAAGCUAAGUGGCCUUCCCUUCCAACAUCUUUAAGGAAUGUGAUUGCUGAAUAUGGUGAGGAAAUAGUUAAGCUUGGAGGAAGGAUGCUUGAGUUAAUGUCAAUAAAUCUUGGCCUGAGAGAGGAUUUCCUUUUAGAUGCAUUCGGAGGAGAAGAUGAUAUUGGAGCAUGUUUAAGGGUAAAUUUCUAUCCAAAGUGUCCACAACCUGAUCUCACUCUUGGACUCUCUUCUCACUCAGACCCUGGUGGAAUGACCAUUCUUCUCCCUGAUGAUUUUGUGUCUGGACUACAAGUACGCAGAGGAGAACAUUGGGUCACAGUUAAACCUGUUCCAAAUGCUUUCAUCAUCAAUAUUGGUGACCAAAUUCAGGUGCUGAGCAAUGCAAUAUACAAGAGCAUAGAACACAGGGUGAUGGUAAAUUCAAACAAAGAUCGAGUUUCAUUGGCCUUCUUUUACAAUCCCAGAAGUGAUUUACUGAUUAAACCUGCAGAGGAGCUUGUGACUAAGGACAGGCCAGCCCUCUACCCACCAAUGACAUUUGAUGAGUACAGACUUUACAUUAGGACAAAAGGACCCUGUGGAAAAGCACAAGUUGAAUCCUUAAUUUCCCAAACGUGAUUCGAUUUCAAUUAAUGGACGCUUGAUUUGAUUCUGAGUAAUUUACCAUCUUGCACUUGUAUUUAUCAUGCCCAAAUCACUAUCCCCAUGGAAGAUAUAAAUUUACAAUUACAUUGAUAA